CUCCACACAUCAUGUCCUGGUAAUUGUUGCGCGAGACAGUGAGCUUGGAAGCCCGUCUCGAUUGUAGGCCCACAGCAGGCCUAAUGAUCACUGUGUCGCGUUUCCGCGUUGAGAUUGACAGAUGCCAACACCGACAACUGCGCCGCAGUUGGGUGCCCGAGAGUAAUACCACCAACGAACCACGGCUCUUUCCCAAGCGCCACCACAGCAAGAUCCCAGACCAGUGUAUUCGGGGAUCACUUUGACGCCCGGGAGUACCAUGAACGGCUGUCCCAACUGCUCAACCGACAGCGCAGGAUCUCUAGUGCCCGCGAGGCACAGCAAAUGAAACGCACAUAAAGGAGUGAAUUCAACAAAGACUGAGUGCAAAAGCCGUGACGGCUGACCUUGACCUUGACAGCCUUGCAACAAAGUACUCCGCAACCAUGCUCAACUUCUUCUUUCUUGCCGCAGCACCACUUCUGUCGAGCGCACAGCAGAUCCAGCAGCCGCUCAAGGAACAUCGACCUGAACUUGUCAUUCCGUUGAAGCUGAAUGAUAAGAGGACCUACACGUUUGAGUCUGCCCUCGACGGUACCAGACUGCUGUCCUCGAAGGCAGUUGCGGACAUCGAGAGCUAUCAUGAGAUCAAUUCUCACCCACAGACAGUCUUGGUCAACAUCCCGCUCGAUGAUUCCAGGCCAGGCAGUAUGAUCCUCGGUACCGUGGAGUCGAACAAUGCUCGGAUUCACCAAGACAUCACGUGGACGGACACUUUGACGCCAGGCGAGCAUAUGCCAAUCACUCAUGUCGCCAUUCGCAAAGGCGCAAUGGUCUCCAAGGACGCAUACUACACACGGCUCGCGCUGGAGACGCCCUACAUCUCUCUUCCUGGCGAGAUCUAUGACAUCCUUGUCCAGGCGACUAACCCCACACCUCACGAGCAUGGUGAUGGAUCCGACAACGUUGUAGACUGUAGCGCUCUCGACAGGUACCCAGAUCUGGUGCUUGGCCUGGAGCCUGAGACCGAAGAGGAAGAGGACGACGAAGAGGCCGAGGACAGGGAGAUCGUAAUUACACCCAAGCAAUACGUCUUGGAGACUGGGGAAGGUCGAUGCAUACUAUUAGCCCAGCGAGCUUACCAACGGGGUCGCGAAGAGGUAGUCCUUGGGUGGGCCGCAGUAAGAGGACGAGAUUUGGUGCUGGACUGGGUCAAUGAGAGAACAGGCUUUGGGAGAUGAAGCUCAAUCUGUCAAAUCAUGCAAAUCACGAUUAAAUCACUACCUACAUAGACAAUGCUUACCUGUACAUAUUUACAACGACG